AUAUAUAUUUUUAUAUACUCUCUCUCUCUCUCUCUCUCUCUCCAAAUAAUUUUACAUAUAUGUGUAGCGUGCAGAAACAAAUAAAAGUGUGAUUGUAGAACAAGAAGAUAGUACGUCUUCCACCAUUUUUUUCUUCAUAUUCCACACCAAUACCAAGUCAGACUCAAGAGCUUCAUUCUGAAAAUGAGCCAGUGCGUUCCAAGUUGGGAUGUGGAUGAUCAUAGUCCCUCAGCAGCAGCUAGGCUCUCUUUCCGUUCCCAAUCCAAUUCCACUACAGCUCCAGAUGUUCCAAUGUUGGACUACGAGGUAGCAGAGCUAACAUGGGAAAACGGGCAGAUAGCUAUGCACGGCUUAGGUCCACCGCGAGUGCCCGUCAAACAUUUGUCGACGGUGACAACCAACUCUUCGGCUUCCAAGUACAGCUGGGAGAAGCCACCCCCCGGUGGCACCCUCGAGGCCAUAGUCAAUCAGGCCACCAGAUUGCCCCUCCCAAAGCCCCCUUUCCACGACACUGGCGGCGGCGCCGCUACUGACGAACUAGUCCCUUGGUUUGACCAAUAUCGUGCCGCUGCCGCUGCUGGUGCUGCAGCCGACGCUAUGGUCCCUUGCGCCAAAGGAACCAACAACAAUAACAACAACAACAACAAAAACAACAGCGUCGAUCAUGCUGCUGCCGCCACUAUCGACACCGGGCCGGGAGGACUUGGCACGUGCGUGGUGGGGUCCUCCACUGGUGUUAGGUCACGUGGUGGCGCCGCCACCCAGGAUGAGAAUGCAGUCAUUCCGGAGAAACGCGCUAGGGUGGCGCGUGUGGCCGUGGCGCCCGAGUGGAGUAGCCGGACUGAUCCAAGUGUGAGUAUCAGUGUGAGCGGUACCUUUGGGAGGGAUACGGUGGAUACCUGUGAGAGAGAUGUGGGUGUGGAUUUCACUUCUACUUCACAUGGAUCGCCGGAAAACACCAGCUCCGGCGUGCCUUGUACAAAGGCAACCACCGCUGAUGACCACCACUCCGUUUGCCAUAGCAUAGCACCGAGGGAGGCAGGUGAUGAAGAGGACAAAAAGAAAGGGACUGGAAAAUCCUCAGCUUCCACUAAAAGGAGUAGGGCUGCUGCGAUACAUAAUCAAUCUGAACGAAAAAGGAGAGACAAGAUCAAUCAAAGGAUGAAAACAUUGCAGAAGUUAGUACCAAAUUCCAGCAAGACGGAUAAAGCUUCAAUGCUGGAUGAAGUAAUCGAAUACCUUAAACAACUGCAAGCUCAAGUACAAAUGAUGAGUAGAAUUAACAUGCCGGCUGUGAUGAUGCCAAUGGCCGUGCAACAACAACUUCAGAUGUCCAUGAUGAAUCCUAUGGGGAUGGGGAUGGGGAUGGGCAUGGGCAUGGGAAUGGGUAUGGGCAUGGACAUGAACUCAAUUGGCAGGACAAACAUCCCCGCCGGCAUCUCUCCGGUUCUUCAUCCUGCAGCUGCAGCAUUCAUGCCUAUGACUACUUCAUGGGAUGGCCCCAGUGACCGGCUUCAAGGCACUGUGGCACCAGUAAUUCCUCCUGACCCCAUGUCUGCAUUCCUUGCAUGCCAAUCACAGCCCAUGACCAUGGAUGCUUAUAGUAGGAUGGCUGCAAUGUAUCAGCAGCUUCAUCAAGUCCCUCCAGCUUCAAGUUCCAAGAGCUAAUCGAGUAUUGAACUAGGUCCAUUUGCAUAUAAAAUGCUAAAGAUUGGUCAUAGAUAUUCCUAUUCUCGGGCAUGUAUUGUGGUAAGGAAGCUAGAAUACAUAGCAGCAUGAGAUGUGAAAUCCAUGAGAACGUGGAUGUGAAUGGUAGUUUUGGUGGGGGAAUAUAAUUAAUGAGCUUUUAGCUCGAAGAAGCGAACCAAUGUUAAUUAUUUUAUGGAUGAGGUCGAUGUUGAUACAUUCAUGUGUACAAUUUUAAGUUUCCAAUUAAUUAUUUAGGUUAUGUUUGUUAA